AGGUUUGUCUCCGAGGGAGACCAGGGAACUGGAUAUCGGGUGAGAACUUCCUACGGAUUCCCCGGCGCCUCGGGAAAAUGGGAGCUGCUGCAAAGUUGGCGUUUGCCGUCUUUCUUAUCUCUUGUUCUUCAGGUGCUAUACUUGGUAGAUCAGAAACUCAGGAGUGUAUUUUCUAUAAUGCUAAUUGGGAAAGAGAUAGAACUAAUCGAACUGGUGUUGAACCCUGUUAUGGUGAUAAAGAUAAACGGAGACAUUGCUUUGCUACUUGGAAGAAUAUUUCUGGCUCCAUUGAAAUAGUGAAACAAGGUUGUUGGCUGGAUGAUAUCAACUGUUAUGACAGGACUGAUUGUAUAGAAAAAAAAGACAGCCCUGAAGUAUAUUUUUGUUGCUGUGAGGGCAAUAUGUGUAACGAAAGGUUUUCUUACUUUCCAGAGAUGGAAGUCACACAGCCUACUUCAAAUCCAGUUACACCUAAACCACCCUAUUACAACAUCUUGCUCUAUUCCUUGGUGCCGCUUAUGUUAAUUGCAGGCAUUGUCAUUUGUGCAUUUUGGGUAUACAGGCAUCAUAAAAUGGCCUACCCUCCUGUACUUGUUCCAACUCAAGACCCUGGACCACCCCCACCUUCUCCAUUACUAGGUUUGAAACCACUGCAGUUACUAGAAGUGAAAGCACGGGGGAGAUUUGGUUGUGUCUGGAAAGCCCAGUUGCUCAGUGAAUAUGUAGCUGUGAAAAUAUUUCCAAUACAGGACAAACAGUCUUGGCAAAAUGAGUAUGAAGUCUAUAGUUUGCCUGGAAUGAAGCAUGAGAACAUAUUACAGUUCAUUGGUGCAGAAAAACGUGGCACCAGUGUUGAUGUGGAUCUUUGGCUAAUCACAGCAUUUCAUGAAAAGGGUUCACUGUCAGACUUUCUUAAGGCUAAUGUGGUCUCUUGGAAUGAAUUGUGUCAUAUUGCAGAAACCAUGGCUAGAGGAUUGGCAUAUUUACAUGAGGAUAUACCUGGCCUAAAAGAUGGCCACAAACCUGCCAUAUCUCACAGGGACAUCAAAAGUAAAAACGUGCUGUUGAAAAACAAUCUGACAGCUUGCAUUGCUGACUUUGGGUUGGCGUUAAAGUUUGAGGCUGGCAAGUCUGCUGGCGAUACCCAUGGACAGGUUGGUACCCGGAGGUAUAUGGCUCCAGAGGUAUUAGAGGGUGCUAUAAACUUCCAAAGGGACGCGUUCUUGAGGAUAGAUAUGUAUGCCAUGGGAUUAGUCCUGUGGGAACUGGCCUCUCGCUGUACUGCUGCAGACGGACCUGUAGAUGAGUACAUGUUGCCAUUUGAGGAGGAAAUUGGCCAGCAUCCAUCUCUUGAAGACAUGCAGGAAGUUGUUGUGCAUAAAAAAAAGAGGCCUGUUUUAAGAGAUUAUUGGCAGAAACAUGCUGGAAUGGCAAUGCUGUGUGAAACGAUAGAAGAAUGUUGGGAUCACGAUGCAGAAGCCAGGUUAUCAGCUGGAUGUGUAGGUGAAAGAAUUACUCAGAUGCAAAGACUAACAAAUAUCAUUACCACAGAGGACAUUGUAACAGUGGUCACAAUGGUGACAAAUGUUGACUUUCCUCCCAAAGAAUCUAGUCUAUGAUGGUUGCACCAUGUGUACACACUGAGAAACAGGACUCUGAACCGGAGCUGCUAAGCUAACAAAUCUGCUUAGUUUAUUUUCUGUGUGAAAUGAGCAGAAGUCUCCUGGACUCGUUGGAAAGAAGAUGGGCGUUUAAAGACGUGACUCUGGGAGACUUUACGGCACUGCCUACAGCAGAGAAGUGAAGGACGUGAGACUAAGAGAAAAGUUGCAGAAUCUGUAAAGAAAUUUUUGAGAACAGUGUACAUGAAAAACGUGGCCCUCUCCAAAUUAAGGAUCUUUUGGACCUGGCUAAUCAAGUGUUUGAAAACUGACUUCAGAUUUCUUAAUGUCUGUGAGAAGACACUAAUUCCUUAAAUGAACUACUGCUAUUUUUUUUUAAAAUCAAAAACUUUUCAUUUCAGAUUUUAAAAAGGGUUAACUUGUUUUUACUGCAUUUGCUGUUGUGUUUCUAUAGAUGACAUUGUAAUGCCAAUGACACAGCUUGUGAAUGUUUCGUGUGCUGCUGUUCGUGUACAUAGUCAUCAAAGUGGGGUACAGUAAAGAGGCUUCCAAGCAUUACUUUAACCUCCCUCAACCAGGUAUACCUCAGUUCCACGGUUGCUAAAUUAUAAAAUUGAAAACACUAACAAAAUUUGAAUAAAUCAACCCAUGUUUUGUAACAAGGUAUUAGAAAUUCACUGUGUUAUUUAAGAAAAAAAGGUAAGCUACCUAUGCUUAGUGCCAACUGUAAGUGGCCAUUCGUAAAGCAGUGUUUUUUAGCUUUCUUGUGCUAGCUUGUAAUUUAAGGGGAAAAAAAGUGCUUUUUUUGAAAUGAAAAAAAUGGUGUCAUUUCCCCCUUCCCAUGUUUUCAAGGUUUAUCUUUUAUCCAGUUCCCAAAAUAUUGCAUACUUAACCUAAAAGUCUUUUUUUUUUUUUUUUUUAGGUGUGCUGUGUUUGGGGAAUAUUUGAAAAUUUAAAAGCAUGAUUUAAAUUUUUUUGAGCUGUGACACUGGAAAGCUCUUAAUUUUUAUUCUUUAAAAAUUAAGUUUUUUUCUUAAUUUAUAUAUGUAAAAUUGUAGUGUAUUUCUUUUCACCAAACAGUGUGUGGGACAUUCUUAUCACUGUUUUAGGAUCACCUCAGGAAGUGUCAUUAAUCAGAAUUCCUCACUCUCUGCUUUGAAACUUGCAACUUGAUCACUAUAUUUCUGCUUGGUGCCAUCCUGUCAGAGUAAUAUUUGAUGUCUGUGAUAAGUAAAGAAUUAUCCUAGGAUAGAGAUUCGAAAUUUUAAGCACAGAUUUCAGAUGUUACUGCUUUAAAACAAAUCAGGGAUAACAAGUUACAAUUAUAACUUAAAAUAUGCAAUGACAUUUAGAGGUAACCAAUGUCCAUAUAGGUAACAUAAGUCUAGCCUCCUCCUGCAAACUGCUUUCACAACUAACGCUGAUAUUACGGAUAGUUCAUGCCUUGUCCUUGAUAAGGAAAUGGAACUGAUGGUAGGUAGGUGCCAAAGUGCUUUUCAAAACAAUAUUACAUUAGAAUUGGAUUCUUCUUCAAAUUGACAGAGGCCAAAGUAAAACACUGAUUUCCUGACUUUGUAGAAUACUGACCAACAAAUAGCCAGUAUUACGCUAUGUACUUUGGUCAGGUCAUUUAAAAAUCCAUACAUUAAUUUUAUAAAAGAAUUUUUUAUGUGUCACCAUCAGGAGCUCACUCUGAAUGUAUUAUCAUCUUCAAAUGGCUAGUUAUUUACCACACAGUACACUACAUUUUACAUAUAACGUACACAAUCUCUGGGAAUUUUUUUAUUUAUAAAUACAUAGGUCAACAGACUCUAGGCAGGGAGGGGAAGAAGAGUAAUAGCAUUGUUGUCUGAGUGCCACACACCACAUACUCUUGGUUACGUAUGUACCGGAGGUUUCACUGUAUUCCUAAGAAUUACCGUUUUAAUAUAGUUCACCUCUUUGUUUUAAAAAAGUACUUAUCUCAAUUUCUUAAUUUGGUUUUGGUUCCACUCUGCAACUAAUCAAGAUGGGAAUAUAAUGAGAAAGUUCAUACACAAAAAUUGUUAAUCUCCUGAAGACUAGUUUCUACCUGUUUUAGCAUUUAAUCCUGUUUUUAAAAGUUAAAAAAAAAUCAAACAAAAAAGGAAUAUUGUGAUGAACAUUUGGCUUAUGUGAGGACUAGAGAUAAAUUUUGUAAGACCAUUUAUUCACAACAUAAAGUUUUCUCUUGUUAGAAAAACUUUUUAGAAAUCCAGGAUAUUGUACUUAACUCCAGCUAACCAACUUUAAAACAUGUAUCCUUUUGAGAAAUAUAAUAGAAAAACACUUUUUAUAAGCAGUAAAAUAAGAAUGUUCCAGUGGCUACCUGUCCUGAUACCGUGUUGUUAAAACCUUCUUUUGCAGGGCAUUUUCAUGUUUGGUUUACAGUCAGUGCAGCAUGGGCAAAUUAACAAAAAGUUUGAGCUAGGGA